GUCUCCCUCACGUUGUAGGUCCUUAUCAAGAAGUCUUUCAACAUGAAAUUUGUACUCUUCCUGGCAUUUUCGGUUUCGCCAUACCUUUCUUCAGCAUGUCUCCGCCAUCAAUCUGUGCCAGAUCGCGACGAAUCGGAAUGUUAUGUCCGCCGAGGAGAUCCCUCACCCUUAGGCAAGACGGCUAUCAUGAACGUCCGUGUAUUCGAUGGCACCUGUAUGAGUCCUCCCCGGACCGUCAUAAUCGACCAAGAACAUAUAUCGGGGUGUUCUGACGGCGUCACAAACACCAUUGAUGCCUUCGAGCAAUUCCUCAUACCGGGACUUAUCGAAAGCCAUACCCACAUUUUCAGCAUUGCGGACCUUGAGAACAUGACUUCGUACGGAAUUACGACGGCUCUGAAUAUGGCCUGUCGCAAUUAUACGGAAUGCGCGCUCCUCAAAGGUCACCUGGGGCUCGCCGAGGUCUUAACGGCAGGGGUUCCAGCCGUAGGUCCGAACAGCUCCCAUUCCAGGAUGCUCGAUCUUACUCCUGGCCAAUUGAUUUAUCCGACUUCGGAUCCUGUGGAACUGGUAGAUUGGGCGUUUGGCAACAAUUCAGAUUACUUCAAGAUCACGGUCGAGACGAACGGGCCUUCACCGGAGCUGCAGACAAGGCUCGUCCAUGCGACCCACGCUCUCGGAAAGCAGACGAUGUCCCACGCUGCUGAUUUGACAUCGUAUCUUCAAGUCAUAGCUUCUCGUUCCAAUGGAAUUCAGCACACGCCCGAUGACGGGAAUCUUUCGGCCUCCGCUAUUCGCGACAUCAAGCACAACGGGCAGUUCGUAACACCGACUAUGGCCAUCUUCAGACUAGCCUUCUCGAACCCCGCGGUCAUCCAAUUCCUCAGUGGUAGUGGUGGCUCGAAAGGCAAUUCUUCCUACAGCACCGUCCGCGCAAACGUCGCAGCACUGCACAAAGCGGGCGUUCCGAUCCUCGUAGGCACCGACUCGAUAGGGACGAUAAGCGCGAACGUCUCCCUCCCUUUCGGGAUCACCCUUCAUGAAGAGCUUCAGAACCUUGUCGAUAUUGGAAUGACACCAGCGGAGGCCAUCAACGCUGCCACCAAAGUUCCGGCAAAAUACCAUAGGUUGGCAGAUCGAGGAAUCAUUGCUCCGGGAAUGCGCGCAGAUCUGCUCCUUUUGAAGAGUAAUCCUCUGGUCAACAUCUCCAACACUUUGGAUAUUGAGGCCGCCUGGGUCGGUGGAAGACAGGUAACCAAUGUCACGAGGGUAGGAAUAGCUUAA